AUGCCCCCGCGCCGCCCCAGCAUCUACCUCACGCCGGCGGCGGCGGCGGGGCGACCCCCGCCGAUCGCCGACGCGCCGCACCGCCGAGAUCGCGGCCUAGGGGCGCACGACCGUGACGUGUCGUCGCUCGUGCGGGGGUCGCCGGCACAAACGUGGCCCGUCCCCAGGGGAAACGUGAGGCUCAUACGCCGCCGCCGCCGCCUCGCCUCCGCCAUCGAUCCCACCAUCGUCUCCAAGCACGCGCCGCCGUCUGCCUCCUCCAACCCGUCGUCUUCUCCUCACCGCCGCCUCGCCUCCGCCAUCGAUCCCGCCAUCGCCUCCAAGCACGCACCGCCGUCUGCCUCCUCCAACUCGUCGUCUUCUCCUCUCGGGUGGCCGCCGGCGCAAGCAGAAGGCUCCGGCGGCGACACUGGUGUCCGCCGACUCCUCGACUGGGCUUCAUCGCCAGUGCAGGACGGCCCCUGUGGCCCCGGUCCUCUCUCCUCCUCCCCCCGGGCGCCAGCAGCUGGAGCCGGCGGAUCAGAGGGCCUCUCAGGCGGCGCCCCGAUAUUUAAUCGACCCUCCAUUGCGGCGUGCUUCUCCCAUUGCAGCGACGAGUUCUCCUGUUACUCGGGCUCCUCCUCCUCCUCUUCCUACUCCGGCGUGUCGGCGAGGUCGUGCGUCUCCGACUCGACGCGGCGCGGCCGCCUCGUCGACCCCCUCCGCGUGCUCUCCGUCGUCGCCUCCCUCCGCCGCAUCAAUCCGAAGAUGUUCGCCGAGGCCAUAGGCGCGCUGUUCCAUAGCGGAGCAGAGAAGAAGCGAAAGGGAGUGUGGAUCAAGGUCGACAACUACGAGGACCAGAGCGAGAGGAGCAGCGCGGUGGCCAGCGAGGGGAGCACCGUCACGGCCGCCACGUCCGCGGGCUCCACGGCCACAUCGGGGAGAUGCCGCCGGCCUCCACGGGCGAGCGGCGGCAGAGGUGGGGGUGGUGAGAAGGCGCCAAGGAGGGCGGAAGCAAUCAUGCAGUGGUUUUCACGGUCGCAAGCUGGGCCGGCCACGGAGAACGACAUCUGCGCCGCCGUCGGCGACAACUCCGGGAUGAGCAAGGCGAUACGCUGGCUGCUGAAGCAGGAGGGUGGCUUGCGGCGUGCAGGCACUGGCGGCCUCUUGGAUCCGUAUGUUUAUAUGAAAUGGGUCAAAUGGUAUGUGGACGUUGUCGUCAGCUUCUUUCAUAUCUCAGGGGUGUUGUUCAUGUUCAGUGUUUUGGCUGUUGGACAAUAAACCUUGUAUUGGAAGAAGUUGGUAAGGUGUAUUGUGGACAGCGUGAUACAUUGUUGAUGUAUCCUUUUGGGGCUCCUGCUGUUAAAUGUUCCAACUGUCUUUUGUCACCGAAAUCGGAGUAAGUGAACUACCACUUGUCACAUAGUUUGCCUGCUACAUGUGCUUUUUUGUCCUAAUAUAUUUUGAUGAAAAAAUAAGGUGCAUGCCACUGUAACGGUGAGAUCACUACUUGCUUAAGUUUUUGAGGUCUCGCUCAACUUAUUUAUGUACCUUUUAUGGAAUAUUUGCACCUUAGAUUCUAAUUUCUAAUUCAUCUUUCUUUCU